ACAAGAAGCCCUUGCUUGCCCAUUCGUCUGCUUCUCCUUGCUCGCUUCUACUACUGUGUGUCUCCAUUACCAUCCUCCCUCCCCCACCCCCAAACCCCACCCUUCCCGCACCAUUUCCCUCCCUUUCUGCUCAAUCUCUCGCUCCUGCCCUUUUCUCUCUUCUCCUCUUUUCCUUUUUCGGAGCCAGGAUCGCUCUCAUUUCUCUCAGCUGCCGGCCCUGUGCAUACGUCCCUUCCUACAGCCGAGUUAAAUUUAUUCCCGAGGGUUUUGCAGGAGCGAUGUGGAUUCAGAUAUGGUUCUCCAGAAUCCAAUUGUAUUAGGGAGAUGUGAGUUAGAUGCCUGAAGGCAACUCCAUCAUGUACCUUCCGUUUCGGCAUGAUGCCAACGUUAAAGAGUCCAUGCUUAACGGUUCAGCUUCAACACUUCUCGAUUCUGGCAGCUCAGCGAGACCGUUUGCCUCAUCAGGUUACAGUGCGCAAUCAGGGACUCCCUUUGCCCAUCAUGGAGGUAAUCUUCAAGGAUUGCAUAACGCUCAAGCCAGUUACAACAUGCAGUCGGUUCAAAAUUCUGUAUCCUCGCGUAAUCAGGGACUGGGUGGGAAUCCUUCAAGCGGAGGGCAUCAAUCUACAGGAAAUUUACAGGGUGGUCGUUUUACAUCAAACAAUAAACCAGUGGAUUUUUCUCAGCAAUCAUCGCAUGGCAGCCUUCAUGGGCAAUCAGCAAUGACAAGUCGUGCAGGAAUUAUUGCAGCUGGUAAUCAUUCCUUCAGCAACAGCAUGAAUGGGAUUGGAAGAUUGGGAUCAGGAGGGUCGUUAGGAAGCAAUAUCAUUGGAAGCAGAGGUUCAUUCUCUGGUUUAGGUGGUGGGACUUUGCAGAUGGGUGCCUCAGGACCUCGCAUUUCAAGUACAGUUGGGAGUAUCGGUGGAGGAGGGAGCCUUUCUGGAGGGGGUGGACUCUCUAGAUCUUUAAAUGCCGCGGUUCAGCUGAAUGCAGCUAGCCUUGGUGGAGCACGUGUGAAUAUGAGUUCCUUAAAUAAUAGUGGCGGAAUUAGUGUGCAGGGGCUUGGGCGGCCUGUUAAUUCAAUGCUUCAACAAGGUGUAAAUAUGUCAUCAUCAUACAAUCCUUCUGGAGAUCUACUUGCUAUGAUUAGUAGAGCGUCUCCUCGAGCUGUAUCUCUGUUAGGAAGCAAUUUCUCCUCUUCUCCGGGCCUGAGCACUCAAGGGCAAGGACAGCUGACGAAUGGGCAGCUUGGUAGUCAUGGUCUUAGCAAUGACAGUAGUGAUGGUGUACCAUUUGAUAUCAACGAUUUUCCCCAGCUCACAGCUCGGCAGUCUGGCACUAGUGGGCUACAAGGUUCAGCAGCUGCCUUAAAAAAGCAAGGGGUUGCUGUGAAUGCCAAUGUACAGCAUAAUCAAGGGUUUAGCAUACAGAGUGAAGAUUUCCCUGCGUUAUCUGCCUGCAAAGAUGGAGGAAAUGACUCAACGACAGAGUUGCAACACCACAAGGAGCAGCAUGAAGACUCUCUCGCUUCAGCCAUGCAAUCUCAGCAUUUCACGAUGAAUAGGUCUUCUGGGUUUUCGCUUGGAGGAUCUUAUGCUCCACAUCGUCAACUGCAGCACCAGACAGGUGGUUUGGGCUCAGGUUCUGUGAGUGCUUCUGAGCUGCAGCACCUACAAGCUAGCAUGACGGAUUCAUUUUCAUCAUCACAUGUUCCCUCACCCUCUUACCAAUCUCAGAUUCCUGGAGCGAGUCAGAUUGGAACUGGAGGGGGACAUUUGCAAAGGUCAGGAAGUUUGGCAAGCUAUGACCAGUUAUUACAGCAAUAUCACCAGGCACAACUGAGAGCAGGAGGAGCUGGUAUACAACAACAGCAGUUUGCUCAGUUGGCCAGGGAGUCUAUUAAAGGAUUUCAACAAGGGGGAAUGGCAACACCUCAGGAUCGUUUCGGAUUGCUUGGGUUAUUAAGUGUAAUCAGGAUGAGUGACCCAGACCUCACAACAUUAGCCUUGGGGACGGAUCUCACGACUUUAGGAUUGAACUUGAAUUCGCGAGAAAAUUUGUACAAAACGUUUGCGUCUCCUUGGGCCGAUGGACCUGUACGGGGUGAGCCUGAGUUCACCCUUCCUGAUUGUUAUGUCCAGCGAGCGCCACGAUUACAGCCAGGGUAUUUUUCCAAGUUUCCGCAAGAAACUUUGUUCUACAUUUUCUACAGCAUGCCAAAUGACGAAGCUCAGAUGUAUGCUGCUGAUGAAUUGUACAAUAGGGGCUGGUUUUAUCACAAAGAUCACAAAAUUUGGCUGACCCGCGUUCUCAACGAAAUUCCUCCGGUUACAACUCAGACGUUUGAGCGGGGUGCGUAUUACUUCUUCGAUCACAACACCUGGGACACUGGAAGAAAGGAGAAUUUCGUGCUUCAGUACGAGCAUAUUGAGAAAAGACCACAACUGCCCUCACAAGUGAAAUAGGAUCUGUCCCUCUCUGAGGGUCCUGAACAGAUCUAUUGCAUCAGCAAGCGUUCGGAAGCAAAGCUCAUUUACCCAGUGUUAGACAUUCCAUAUACUUUGAGAAUUUACGAAGAAAUAGAAUUUCAGUGCUGGUGGCUAAUAAAUGCCACGUAAUGUAUUCCAUCUGGUCUCUUGCCACCAAUUUGGGGCUCAAAUGAGAUGCAUUUAUUUACAUUUUACAUGCUUACCCUGCAA